AUGGCCUUUUCAAGCUGGGUCUGCUCUAGUAACCCAAGAACUAUGCAUGUCAAGAUAGUUCAUCCUGGUGGGCAUAUAGAGCUCCACAAUAGGCCUGUUCAUGCAGCUGAGAUACUGCUUCGAAACCCGAGAUGUUGUGUUACCCUUCCAAAUGUCUUCCAGCAGCCUUGGGCUGUCGUUGCACCGGACACCACCCUAAUGCCCGGCCAAAAGUUCUACCUCGUGCCCACGGGCACCAUUCGAAAGCUUCAAAAACUCUCUGUGAGGUAUUCUCCUUCUAUGAUUCGAGAUAUUCGAACCAGUCUAAGUGGAAAAUCUGAAGGAGAAGAUGAUGGUGGUUUGGUUUCUACAUGCUGCUUUAUAUCCUUGCUAACAGGGGUCGAGAUUAAAACCAGCAGAGACGAUUUGAGCAAGGAACAAAGAUCAUCAAGCUAUUUCGGAUCAUCGGAGACGAGGUAG